AUGAGCAAAAUUCAUUUUUUCAACCUCCCAAAGGAGCCAGUUCAUUCCCCCGUAUUCAUUUUGCAUGGUCAAGUUACAUCUACUCAAAGGAAUGGUGUUUUAAGUGUGGUUCCUACAAACAGGAAAGUCUUCCCAGUUCAGCACUUCGAGGUUAACGAGUCCUAUUUCAAAGCGAUUUUACAUCUGGAAGAGGGUGAAAAUGAAUUGAUUAUUGACUACAAUGAAGGAAAAAUGUACGGAGAACUUCCUUCACUAUCUGGCAAAAUUUAUGCCAGUUCCACAGUCAAGUUGGGUUAUGAAAUCAAUGAAGAAGCCACUCCCAUUCACUUGUGUGUUCUCGUUGCCAAGGAUUCUCCUCUAGUUUUUGACACCACAGCUGUAAAGCUUCGGGAAGAAGGUAAUGGUUUGGAUCUGGCGAUCCAAAAGCUCAGAAUGGGAGGCCGCCUAAUGCAAGCGUUCACACAGGAAGCCAUGAUGAGGAAUGGAUUCGGUCCUAGAUGCUUUCGUUUCGUAGAAGAAGAAACAACAUCUACAAUUAGUAGGAUUGAACAGCAAUACGGUGUUCGUAGAAAGGACAUAAAGGUUCACGUUUUGAGGAGUGAAAAAUCGUUACGAGAACUCCGAGAUCCAAAUCUAGCCCAACAGAAUAAGGAUGCUAGCGACGCUGGAGGGUUAUUUGGGAUUGCCAUUUCAGAGUUGUGCAGGCAUGGAAUCAACAAAGGGCAAGCCGCUGUGAUGUUCUUAGAUACGCAUUAUGACCGUGAUCGAGACCUAAUUUUGACACAUGCUGCCUUAGGAGGAGGAAACAAUGAUAUAAAGUUAGCAAUUUUUGGGUCGCAUGGCUUAUAUUCUUGGCCCACCUGUUUUGAGACUGUAGUUCCCAGUUUUCAAGACACACGCCGUCCUGCACAUAGAGAAGUGGCCAACGAUUGUGGCCAGUGCUCAUCUUAUUGGGAAUGCCUUACAGUCACUCUUGGUGCCUUCAUGCAUGAGAUUGGUCACUUGCUGGGAUGCCCUCACCAAGAAAAUGGAGUGAUGCUAAGAGAUUACAUUACCAUGAAUAGAAGUUUCAUAACUAGAGAAACUGCCUGCAUAAGAACACAUCAAACACACGAUAGAAUCGUUUUGGCCAGAGAUGAACCUAGCUGGCACAGACUGGACAUACUAAGGUUUCUGUACCAUCGUUCUUUUUCCGUAAAAACGGAUGAUUAUUAUAAUAUGACUGCAUCUGACUCCAAUACGGACAUUACAGGCGUUGGGGAGGACAAGUUGUUGAUUGCAAACACCUCUGGAGUUUAUUUGAUCGAAUUUCACGUAGGAGAAUGGAGCAAAUUGCAUUACGAGAAUCUCCCGAAAAAAUAUGGGGGCACGGGAGCUCUGCAAAAGUUGGUGCUGGAGGGCAACCAAAUACGGAAGCAAUUGUCCUUAUCGAGAGGCCACCCCAAGAUUACAGUAAGAAUACUAAGCGUUAACAGGAAAGAGCGAUCUCUGGAUGAUUUUGAAAGGUCGCUAAAAGAACUAAACUCAACCACCAAGGUUAAUAACAUCACGGUACACCGUUCGGCGAAGCUUGGGAGUAAUAGGAGUAACACACCAGAGCAAUCUAUAGCUCAAUCGGUCAUUACCAGCAUCAGGAUUUAUCAUGGAGCAGCACUAGAUGGGUUGGAGGUGAACGGUGGAAAGGCAUUACUAGGCAGGAAGACCGCUUCGUACUCCGAUUUCGUAAUCGCUGCAGGGGACUCUAUUUGCCAGGUGAAUGUACGUAAUGGAGUUUGGAUAGAUUCGAUACAGUUCAUUACCAAGAAUGGACAGCAGUCCCCCAUAUACGGGAAUGCAACCGGAGGAUCAUUGAACCAGAUUAGCAUUGUCGCUCCAUACAACCUUAAAGGGUUCUUUGGUAAUUGUUCGAAUUGGAUGGACAGUCUUGGAGUGUUGUACGGGUAA